CCUUUGAGGUAUCGAGGGAUAUCGACUCGACUCGACUCCUUUCACAUCUUGGACUACAAAAACUGUCGUCCGUCCACCGAGGUAUCUUGACCUCGUAUUGAAUGCUGGCAGAGAGACUGUACAGCGUUACAAGCAUCGCUUCACGUCCAGCCUCGCGUCUCAUUCCAAAUCGUCUACUUUUAAAUCCCAGAUCAUCCUACCCGCCAACCUGGCAACAUCGCUAUACAAUGUCUGCAGCUUCCAGCAAACCCAAUGUCCCCGUGUCUAGCCCUCACCCGUGGCCGAGACGGGAGGACUGGCCCGCUGCCAAGGUCAGAUCGACGUUCAUCGAAUACUUCAGAGACCAACCUGGAUUUGAGCAUACUUUCUGGCCGUCCAGCGGAGUCAUCCCUUUCGAGGAUGAUACGCUCCUCUUUGCCAAUGCUGGUAUGAACCAGUACAAACCGGUCUUCCUUGGCACAGCGGACCCCAAGUCUGACUUGUCGAAAUUGAUUCGAGCAGUCAACUCGCAGAAGUGUAUACGAGCGGGAGGAAAGCACAACGAUCUUGACGACGUCGGCAAAGACACCUAUCACCACACUUUCUUUGAAAUGUUAGGCAAUUGGUCAUUUGGCAACUACUUCAAGCUCGGCGCUCUGACAAUGGCUUGGGAUCUUCUAACACGCGUGUAUGGUCUGCCAAAAGACAGACUCUACGUUACGUACUUUGAGGGAGAUGCGAAACAAGGUCUUGAACCGGAUUCAGAGGCUCAACAGAUCUGGCGUGAUAUUGGUGUGCCGGAGAAUCAUAUUCUGCCCGGAAACGCAAAGGACAACUUCUGGGAAAUGGGAGCCACUGGACCCUGCGGUCCUUGCAGUGAGAUUCACUUUGACCGCAUAGGCGGACGUGAGGCUGCACACUUGGUCAACGCGGAUGAUCCGGACGUUCUCGAGAUCUGGAACAACGUUUUUAUCCAAUACAACCGCGAAGCUUCCGGCUCAUUGCGCCCUCUCCCAAGCAAGCACGUGGACACCGGUAUGGGAUUCGAGCGAUUAGUCUCAGUCCUUCAUAAUGUUCGAUCAAAUUAUGACACUGAUGUCUUCACCCCCAUCUUUGCCAAGAUUUCAGAGCUGACCGGUACACGACCAUACACCGGCAAGCUCGGAGCGGAUGACAAGGAUGGCAUCGAUACUGCGUACCGAGUCGUCGCGGACCACAUUCGAACCUUGACAAUCGCAAUCUCUGAUGGUGGUAUACCGGACAAGGACGGUCGAGGAUAUGUGCUGCGGAGAAUUUUGAGACGAGGAGUAAGAUAUGCAAGUGACAAGCUCGGAGCGAAGCCCGGCAGCUUCUUCUCGUCUCUUAUCCCGACUGUCGUCGACACUCUGUCGGAAAUCUUCCCCGAGGUCACCAAGAAGACUGCUGAACUGAAGGAGAUUCUCGACGAGGAGGAAGCAUCAUUCGCCCGAACACUAAGCCGUGGAGAGGCUCUGUUCAGCAAAUACGCGGAUGCUGCCGCGAAAGAGAACCGGACUGUCCUGCCCGGGAAAGACGCCUGGAAAUUAUACGAUACAUACGGAUUCCCGGUCGACUUGACUCAAAUCAUGGCGGGGGAGAGGGGUUUGAGCAUCGAUCAAGAAGCAUUUGAAAAGGCAAGGUUGGACAGUCUGGAAGCGAGUAAAGCUGGUGGCAAGGCCGCAGGUGGUGUCGGUGUCAAGCUCGACGUGCAUGACCUUGCGGCUCUGGAAGCUAAUGCGGACGUGCCGAAGACGAAUGAUGAGGCUAAGUACUUGCUCUCUGAUAUCAAAGCCACUGUCAAGACCAUUUAUCACUCAUCGAAAUUCUACUCAUCCACCUCUGAGCUUCCAAAAGGAUCUUCAUUUGGUAUCAUUCUCGAUAAGACCAACUUUUAUGCCGAGCAAGGAGGUCAAGAGAACGACACUGGAGUGCUUGCUAUUGAUGGCAAGGCCGAGUUCAAGGUUGAGGAUGUCCAAGUUUACAACGGACACGUCCUGCAUAUCGGCCAACUGGAGGAAGGCGAGAUCAAGGUCGGCGAUGAAGUUUUCUGCACAUAUGAUGAGGACCGCCGAUGGCCAAUUCGAAACAACCACACUGGAACUCAUAUUCUCAACUUUGCACUCCGGGAAGUGUUGGGCGACCACAUUGACCAGAAAGGAUCCCUAGUCGCUCCCAACCGCCUCCGGUUUGACUUUUCUCAUAACAAGUCGAUCACUACUGCCGAUUUGGUCAAGAUUGAAAUAAUCUGCUGCGAAUGGAUCAAGAAGGCUGUCCCGGUCUACGCCAAAGAAAUGUCUCUACAAGAAGCUCACAAGAUACCCGGGCUGCGAGCAGUCUUUGGAGAAGCUUACCCCGAUCCCGUUCGAGUCGUUUCCAUCGGAUAUCCACUGGAGGAUAUCCAGCAGAACAUCGAAGACUCCAAGUGGCGUUCGACAAGUAUCGAAUUCUGUGGGGGAACGCACGUGGCCAAGACGGACGACAUCAAAGACUUCGUCAUCACCGAGGAGUCCUCCAUCGCCAAAGGGAUCCGCCGAGUUGUUGCUGUGACUGGAUUCGAGGCCAAUGAGGUAUCUCGUAAGGCCAAAGAUUACGAGAACCGAUUGGAGCGGGCGAAUGGCCUGCAAGGCAAGGAGAAAGACGCGGCAUUGAAGGCGUUCUACACUGAGCUAGUCCAAAGUAACAUUUCAUUGGUCCGAAAGACUCAACUGAAGGAGAAAUACGAGAAGAUCCAGGCCGAGAUCUUGGCAGUUACUCGAGCGAAGGAGAAGGCUGAUCAGAAGCUGAUUUCUGACGAGGUGCAAAAGUACUUCAGCGAAAAUCCGAACGAGUCCGUCUACGUCGGCGUCUUUGGACUCGGGGCAAAUCCCAAGAUCCUCGCUGCCGCCACGAACCUUGGAAAGACUCUCGGCAAGGCGAUCUAUGUCUUCAGCACGGAGACUGAGACUGGCAAAGUUGCACACACCAACUACCUGCCGAAAGAAGUCCUGUCGCGCAAGGUGCUGGACGCCAAGGUCUGGCUUGGGGAAGUCACCAAAAUUGUCGGGGGAAAGGGCGGCGGAAAGGACGACAAUGCUACGGGUCUCGGGACGGAGCUUGACAAGGUCGGAGAGGCAGUCGAGGUCGCCAGAAACGUUUACAGAUCCAAGGUUGAGGGCCUUUAGACCUCUCUCAUACUUCACUAGCCCUGCAUGUACAUCCAAUA